AUGGGAACCUUAGCUUUUGCAAUGGUCUCCACGUUGAUUCCAAGUUUGUUGUUUCUAAUGUAUGAUGAUAGCUGGUACAACGAGGACCGGUUGUCUGAUGCAUUCUCGAAGACGACCAACGGUAUUGUUACGAGCUUGGAUCUCUUCGGCGGAUGGAGAAAUGUAUUUGAUGAAAUCUUUGAUCUCCAUAGUCAGCCAGUCACUUAUCUCGAUCUGCUUGGAAUGGUCGUUGUUGCGGAUCCAGGGAUAUCGUGGAUUGUUGUUUCCUGUCUUGAAAUCGAGAGAUUUUGUAUGGUAAACGGUCUCGUCGUUGCUGAGUUAAAGCAAAUUGAGCAUGCGUUGGCCGCUGUGAAGCAGGGUGUCACGUCUUUGGGAAUUAAGGCCACCAACGGGAUUGUGUUGGCAACCGAGCGUAAAUCGUCUUCUGUGCUUGUGCAAUCCGACUUUGUCGACAAGAUCGUGAAUAUUACUCCAGACAUAGGAAUGACAUACGCCGGAAUGGGCCCGGACUUCAGAGUUCUCACAGAUAAGUCAAGAAAAGUGGCACACACAAACUACAAGAGAAUAUACAACGAGAACCCACCGACAAAGAUCCUUGUUUCUGAAGUCGCUAAGAUCAUGCAAGAUGCCACUCAAAGUGCCGGUGUUCGUCCAUACGGAGUGUCGUUGCUGCUAGGUGGUUACGACGAGAACAACGGAUUCAUGUUGUACCAAGUGGAUCCUUCAGGAUCUUAUUUCCCAUGGAAGGCUACCGCAAUUGGUAAAGGAUCUAACGCCGCUAAAACAUUCUUGGAGAAACGUUGGAACGAGGAAUUGGAACUCGAGGACGCCAUCCACAUUGCUCUUCUCACUCUCAAGGAAAGUAUCGAGGGCGAGAUGAACGGAGACACCGUCGAGAUCUCGGUGAUUGGUUCUGAGAACGUCGACCUUUUGGGUUUCCAGGGAGUUUCGAACGUGAGCGGUCCUCGCUUCAGAAAGCUCUCUAAACAGGAAAUUAACGAUAGAUUGGAAACUUUAUAG